AGCAACCCUCUCUGUCUCAACAUCCCCCACCCCGAGGCCCCCUCUCCCGCUGCGAAAUCGCCCACAACUGGACAACAUCAAGCAAAGGGGAUUCAUCUGGAGGGCAAUUUCAAAUCGAGAUAAAUCUAUUGGAUUAGUCGGAUUAUCUGAUUGCAGCCGAAAAAAGAAGUAACGUUUGAUCAUUUCUAGUUCUUUGCCUGAUGGUGGGAUUUAAAUGGAGGUGGCGGCGGCUCGGUACAGAUGCUUGAUGCUGAUGAAUUCCGGAUGGGAUUUCUCUCCCCCUGCUUCUCCUCCUUCUUCUCCUUCCUCCUCUUCUUCUUCUUCGUCUCCUUUUUUUCGCAGUCUUGGGAAGAGGGCAGGAGGGAAAGAGGGAGCCAGGGAGGAGGAGGAGGAAGAGGAGGUGGAGGAGGAGGGGAAGAGGAGGAAGGAGAAGAGGCGAAGAGGAGGAAAAUCCUCUAAAUCGGUACAAUUUGGAAGUGUCCGGGGAAUGAUUUAAGAACCUCGGGGUUACAGCUGCUUCGCGGAAAGAGGACGCCUGGAAGGAAGGAAAGAAGGAAGGAAGGAAAGAAAACCCAGUGAAGGAAUUACGGCUUUAGCGCUGGACUUGGCUUUUUUAAGAGAGAAAGAAAAAAGAAAAGAGAGGAGGAAAAAAAGCGACCUUUGAGGAAUGGGAUACAGACCUGCAGAUAACUGGAAUUGAUUUAUAAAUGGGGAAUCUGCAGUAAAUGGAUGCUCUCUUCAUAUUGCUACUGUGGAAAACAGAAUUGUCAAUUGAAUGUAGUCUGAUAAAUAGGCCUGCGUGAAGAUGUUAUCUCAGCAAGAAUGAAAUCAAUGGAAGAUGCUUAUCGUGUGAAGAGCGUUGAGAGAGUUUUCUGACAGGCUCGGAUUUUGGAGACCCAACCCAUACAUUUCAUUUCAUGGGUCUCUUGUGAAAAACCCUAGUUUAUCACCUCCCUUCCCAGCAAACGGAUACAAAUAAGGUUGUUCAAAUCAUAGCUAUACAACUGAUGUGGGACCAUGGCCUUUCCAAGAUCCAUGUGGCUGAACUGUGUUUGGCGAGCGAUACUAGUCCGCUUGUUGCAUAUGGGACUGGAUGCAACAUUUACUCUUUGUGUACUUGGGUUCUUGCUUCAUGCUGCUGCCGUGUCAUCACAAAAAUUGGAUGAUACUGACCCUGUGGUGACCACCAGCUUUGGAAAGGUUCGAGGGAUGAAGAAGGAAUUGAACAAUGAAAUUCUGGGGCCUGUCAUUCAGUUUUUUGGGGUUCCUUAUGCUGCCCCACCAACUGGAGAGCGUCGAUUUCAGCCUCCUGAACCACCAUCUCCUUGGCCAGACAUCAAAAAUGCUACACAGUUCGCCCCAGUGUGUCCCCAGAACAUUAUAGAGGGCCGGUUACCUGAAGUCAUGCUUCCUGUCUGGUUCACUAAUAACUUGGAUAUAGUUUCUACCUAUGUACAGGAUCAGAAUGAAGACUGCCUCUAUUUGAAUAUAUAUGUCCCAACUGAAGAUGUCAAAAGAAUAUCCAAGGAAUGUGCCAGAAAACCCGGCAAGAAAAUUUGUAGAAAAGGAGGUCCCCUAACAAAGAAACAGACAGAUGAUUUAGGUGAUAAUGAAGGUGCGGAGGAUGAAGACAUUCGAGAUAGUGGGGGGCCCAAACCAGUGAUGGUGUAUAUUCAUGGAGGGUCCUACAUGGAAGGCACUGGAAAUUUGUAUGAUGGCAGUGUACUGGCAAGUUAUGGCAAUGUGAUUGUCAUCACCGUCAACUACCGGCUUGGGGUACUUGGUUUCUUGAGCACUGGUGAUCAAGCAGCUAAAGGAAACUAUGGGCUUCUUGAUCUCAUUCAGGCUUUGAGGUGGACAAGUGAGAACAUUGGGUUCUUUGGGGGCGAUCCGCUGAGAAUAACUGUUUUUGGAUCUGGUGCCGGUGGUUCAUGUGUCAAUCUCUUGACUUUAUCCCAUUAUUCUGAAGGUAACCGUUGGAGCAAUUCAACCAAAGGACUCUUUCAAAGGGCAAUUGCUCAAAGUGGAACAGCUCUCUCCAGCUGGGCAGUCAGCUUCCAGCCUGCAAAAUAUGCAAGGAUGUUGGCUACAAAAGUUGGUUGCAAUGUGUCAGAUACUGUUGAAUUGGUAGAAUGUCUACAGAAGAAGCCUUACCGAGAACUUGUUGACCAGGAUAUCCAACCAGCUCGAUACCACAUAGCCUUUGGGCCAGUUAUUGAUGGAGAUGUGAUCCCAGAUGAUCCUCAGAUAUUGAUGGAGCAAGGAGAGUUCCUGAACUAUGAUAUAAUGCUGGGAGUUAACCAAGGAGAAGGGCUGAAAUUUGUUGAAAACAUUGUUGAUAGUGAAGAUGGCAUAUCUGCAAGUGACUUUGACUUUGCAGUUUCAAACUUUGUUGAUAAUUUAUAUGGAUACCCUGAAGGCAAAGAUAUAUUGAGAGAAACCAUUAAAUUUAUGUAUACUGACUGGGCAGAUAGACACAAUCCUGAGACAAGAAGGAAAACACUCUUGGCUCUGUUUACCGAUCAUCAGUGGGUUGCACCAGCAGUGGCUACAGCUGAUCUUCAUUCAAAUUUUGGAUCACCCACAUAUUUUUAUGCCUUUUAUCAUCAUUGCCAAACAGAUCAGGUACCUGCAUGGGCAGAUGCUGCCCAUGGAGAUGAGGUUCCUUAUGUAUUAGGAAUCCCAAUGAUUGGUCCUACAGAAUUAUUUCCUUGUAAUUUUUCAAAAAAUGAUGUCAUGCUAAGUGCAGUGGUGAUGACGUACUGGACAAACUUUGCAAAAACUGGGGAUCCAAAUCAACCAGUCCCACAAGAUACAAAGUUCAUUCACACAAAACCCAAUCGUUUUGAGGAAGUAGCAUGGACCAGAUAUUCUCAAAAAGACCAACUUUACCUUCAUAUUGGAUUAAAACCACGAGUGAAAGAACAUUACAGAGCCAACAAGGUGAACCUGUGGUUGGAACUUGUACCUCACCUGCACAAUCUUAAUGAUAUUUCACAGUAUACCUCUACGACAACAAAAGUGCCAUCAACUGAUAUUACUUUCAGGCCAACCCGGAAAAAUCUGGUACCUGUAACUUCAGCCUUUCCUACAGCCAAGCAAGAUGAUCCCAAACAACCACCAAGCCUAAUUUCUGGAGAUCAACGAGACUAUUCCACGGAAUUGAGUGUAACUAUUGCUGUUGGAGCCUCUUUGCUGUUCCUGAACAUAUUAGCUUUUGCAGCAUUAUAUUACAAAAAGGAUAAGAGAAGACAUGACGUCCACCGGAGAUGUAGCCCUCAGCGUACAACUACCAAUGAUCUCACCCAUGCACAAGAAGAGGAAAUAAUGUCCCUCCAAAUGAAGCACAGUGAUUUGGGUCAUGAAUGUGAAUCCAUCCAUCCACAUGAGGUGGUUCUCAGGACCGCCUGCCCCCCAGACUACACACUAGCUAUGAGGCGGUCACCUGAUGAUAUUCCUUUAAUGACCCCAAACACCAUUACAAUGAUUCCCAACACUAUACCUGGGAUUCAGCCACUACACACAUUUAAUACAUUUACCGGUGGACAGAAUAACACCCUGCCCCAUCCUCACCCACAUCCACAUCCACACCCCCAUUCACAUUCAACAACUAGGGUAUAGCCAAAACAAGAUGAAACAAACUUUUAUUUUUUUGGCGGAUUACAGUGGGUUAUAAUUACAGAAGACUUCACUUGGCUUUUGACCUACAAGACUCUUACUAUUUAAAUAUGGAGGGAUAUUAUGUGAAUAUACAUAUCAAGAACUUUGGGGAUUUGGGGAAAAUGCAUUGUACAUAUAUACAAAUGAACUUUUAAAAAAGUAUAACUUUUUGCAGUUGCUUGAAGCAAUUGUCCUGAAUGAUACUUUUUACAUUCACAUUCAAGUAUUAAUUUUUUUGAGGAUUUAAGUUACAUAAUGGCAUUUGGCAUGUGCAACACAAAAGUGGGAAAGAAAUGAUGACUGAUUAUUGGUUUUUUUUCCUUUAAAGAGUUCUUUGAAUAUGCACAAGGGACACAUUAAUGGAAUGUCAGCUAAUUUUCACCCGUUUUGUUUGGAACUGUUUUCUUGUGUAGACCAUAUUUACAUAUUUGGAUAAGUAUACAAAGCACCAAUGUUGUUAAAGGCCUUAGGAAGGGGGUCAUAAGCUGAGAUCUGCCCAUUUAAAAAAAGGAAGAAAGGAGUUUUGCUGUCAGUAUAAACAUUAUGGGAAUAAAGGAUAAUGGAUAUUUUUAGCACGAUGUGCAUGAUCAUUUGUUAUGCUUGGUGGCUGUGCUACUGACUAUGAUGUAAUCAAAAUUCUUCUUAUUCCAUUGGAGUCCUCAAUAGAAGCUUCUUCCCUCAAUUGGCAUGCCCUAUAAAAAGUUUCUUCUCAAGAAGAGGGAAAAAAAUCUUAGUGACAACCCCAAAAUCUCCAGUAGCUUCUCCAUAAUAGAAGGCACUAUAUCUUACGUUGUUUGACUGUACUCAACAGUAGUGAACCCAUAUGGAUGGGAAUUCCAAAAGAAGACAAUAGAUAAUAGUAUUUUUCUGCCUGAUUAAGUUAUAGUGCUUAUAAUAUCAAUAAGUCAUCUUUUAAUGAAGCAUAUUUUCCAUAUGUUGAAUAAAACACUCCAAAGAUUUAUUUUCAAGGAAUAUUUUAGACUAUAUAAAGAUGUCCCUCCCUAAAUGAUCUCCACAAUUACAAUUCUAGAUUGAUUUAUUUCUUUUUUGACUAAUUACAAUGCAUGUGAUCCAGUUUGCUUGAGUAUGUUCAAGCUGGUUCCUUUUUGCUCUGUUUAUCUUCUGCAUUUCUGAGUUUACUGGAAUUUUCAGAAAAGCGAUAUCUGCAGAGUAUAAUUUUGCUAUAUGAGGAGUACAAUUACAAUCUGGAAAUUUUUCAGUUCUGCAUCUUAGUUAACAUGGUCCUGAUUUGAAAGGAAUGGUCUAAAAUAACAGUAAGGUCUUUGUUCCUCACCCUGUUAUUUUCAAGUUUAAAGAAAAUGGUAUGUCACAGUCAUUAAAAAUGUUUGUAUGUGUAAUCAGAUGUACAUUUAUAUAAAAAAAGAGAAAAAAUUGAGAUGGACUAAAGAGCACAUCCCUUAUGAAUACAUUCUCUCUUUUUCCUGUAUUAUAUUUCUAUUAGAGUAAAGUUAUGUGAUUUUUAUUUUAUUUUGCAUUUUUUCAAAUUACUAGCAAUUUUGAUAGUUUGUAAGAUAAUGCGCAGAACUUUCUCUGACAAACUAACUGCAGUAACAGAAAUGUUUCUUUUCAGUUACUCUUUUUCAAGAUUGAGAGCUUAUUACACACACAACAAAUUGUAUACUACUUGAUGGGAAAAAAUUCUUUGUACUUCUGGGCCAUUCUUGUUGGCCCCACUGAGUGAAAAAAAAAAUAAAGCUAAUCUGGAUAAUGAAUAUUAUAAUUAUUCCAAUGCUAAGAGACCUGAUAUUUGCUCAUUAAAGAGCUCAAAUGUUUAUUGCUGUUUUGUCAUUUUUUAAAAAAUGAAGUAACGGUAGCUGUCUCAGAAUAAAGAGCUAUUUCUUGAGACCAGUCUGGCUUUUGAAGACUUCAGUAUGCCUUCUACAGUGAAAAUUAAACUAAAAUUGUUUACUUUUUGGACUGAAACCUCUUGAAAUUCUUAAUAAGGACUGUGUUCCUUAUGUAAAGCGACCAUAUUGUGAAUGUGUAAGUAAUAAGCUGCAAUCCAGUGUAUGCAUUGCUUACCAGAAAAAAAGUUGGGUUUAAUUCUGAAUAAAUAUGUGUAAGAUUGAACUGUGUACAAUAUAUUUGGCCAUAUAUUUGGCAUAAAGUUGGCAUUACUAGAAGCUUUGGAAUGCUUUAAAACAUUCAAAAUCUCUCCCAGAGUUAUUUAAAAAUAUUUCACAUUUGCAUAUAAAAGGGUAUAUAGCCGAUAAGCAUUAAUAAAAUCAGUUAUCUCAAGGAUAGGAGUCAUAAAAUGAAACUGGAAAGUAUGUCUUAAUUGCAAACACAUUCCUGAGCAUUAAUUUUUGAACUACAUUACUUAAUGCAGCAUAGAAUGGUGGCCCUGCUUGUCAAAAAAAAAAUUUCCCCUGUAGAAGAUGAAUCAGGGCAAGUCUUCAAAAUUCAGGGUGGUCGAUGUGCAAUUUUUGCCUGAUGUGGUUGUGACUGUGACCUGCCAAAUGUAAACCAAUAAAAAGAAUUGUUUGCCAUCA